UUCAGUUGACGUCGCAGCUGGUCUUGCUUGUAUUUUAUCAUUUUCAAGCAAAAUAGUAUAAUGUUUGAUUAAUUUAAUGGAUUGAAAUAACUUAUUAUACAAUGGCGGUGUUGGUGACGUUGUUUUAUGUACUUUUAUCUAUCUGCAUAAUCUACCCUCCCACGGAAUUCGUGUCCGCUGGAUUUACUAUCGCGCAGCUCUUCGAAGGGUUUUUAGGGUCGGAGAAUGUGAAUUUUGUCGGUUAUCAUAUGAAGAGGAUCUCAAUUACUGCUUUCAUUCACUCGUUACUGCCGUUGGGGUAUGUGUUCACGCUGUGGUGCGGUGGAGUGACCAACCAAUGGCUGCCGGCGUCCGCGGCCGCGACCGCAAUAAUCCCGCUGCUGAUGUGCUAUCGACUGGUGACCUGGUGGGAGCACGAUAAAUCCAAGCAUCCUGUGGUGAGGCCCUUGAUCAGAUAUGCACCUGUUGACAGCGACUGGCGAGUGGUGGCCUCCCAAUUGAACAUGGACUUUAGGGGUGUGGAUAAAGUAUCAAUCCCUUUGACAGCUACCAGCAAGUUUGUAGCCACUGAAACAUGGCUCAUAAAAGUAACUCAAUACAACCUACAUAUUAUUAAGCAAACAGAAUGUUCUUUAGUGGCCACCUCAACAGAUGUUCACUAUUUGACCAGAUCAGCUGAGGAUGAAAUCCAGUUCAUCAAAAUUGAAGCGAUACCCACCGAUAACAAUAUUCCGCGCUUCUCCUUCCGCAUUUCAACCGCUGCACUGAGAGACCUGCAACCAAGACUGAUUCACCCCGUGCGAGUGCCGGAACAUCUCUCAUUGCUUCCUUCACUGAUUGAGAGAUUUGUGAGCGUUUUCAAACAAUAUGUUGAUCAGAAUCCUACAUAUUAUGUUGAUCAGGAGUUGGAGGCUUGCAUCGGCUGCAUGCAGGCCACGGCCGACGUGAAGCUAACGCGGCGCUGCCUGGCGCCGCCGCCGCAGUUCGAGGCCGCCAACGGGCCGCAGCAGUGCCAGCCGUGCAACUGCAGGUCAGUCCCUAUCAUCGGCUGCAUGCAGGCCGCGGCCGACGUGAAGCUGACGCGGCGCUGCCUGGCGCCGCCGCCGCAGUUCGAGGCCGCCAACGGGCCGCAGCAGUGCCAGCCGUGCAACUGCAGAGUGCUGUGGUGCUGCUCGUGCAUGGCGCGCUGGUGGGCAGCACGCGCCAAGGGCCCGCCCAGCGAGUGGCUCGCCGGGCGCGCCACGUGCCCCGUGUGCCGCGCGCGCUUCUGCCUGCUCGACGUGUGUCCCGCCACCAACGCGCCCGCGGCAACCGCGCCAACCGCGCCCGAUACAUAGCGCCGCACGUACCGCGUCUGGCUGCGGUGUGAGUUCUGUUAACCUUUCACUUGACAAUUUUAAGGAGGUGGUGCUGUGUGGACCUACAUCCUCUGGCCGUAAACAAAAGUAACAACUUAAAAAAAACACAUAGCGCCGCACCUACCGCGUCUGACUGCGGUGUGAGUUCUGUUAACCUUUCACUUGACAAUUUUAAGGAGGUGGUGCUGUGUGGACCUACAUCCUCUGGCCGUAAACAAAGGAGUAACUUAAAAAAAGUAACAUUUUCUUCAAGCACCUCGAUUUGAUUGCGGCCUACAUAAAACAUUGUUAAACACUCGACAUUGGCGAAACCAGUGUGCUUCAAAUACGCACCAUUGAAGCCAUUAAACAGAAAAAUAAAUAUAUAAAACCAUUGUUAUAGUUCCAAAAUACUGAACUGUCCUAUGCAUGACAUUGACAGUGGGGCGCCACCGUCAAUACCGGAUCGCUAGCUCCGAUUUUUGCCAUGUUGGAAACCAUAUAGUUGAACGAUGGUAGCGCCCCCCUGUCAUUGAGUUUGGCGGGACAGUUCAGCGUGAGUCAUAAUUACUAUAAAUUAUCAACUUACUCCAUUUAUACUAUGGUUGGAGCUAUUGUUUAUGGAAUGAAAUCGAUUGACGUUAUGGAGUUACGGAAUCGGUAUUUUAUCAAACGGAGACUUAGAAACGUCGCCAAAAUUAUAUUUGGUCGGCGAUAAAUGUAAUAUUUGUGUCUUUAAUGUUACGUGUUGAAGCUUAUAGUUUAAGAAUUAAGUCUGGUGAAACCAUUAUUAUAUUUUUUUAAAUCAUGAUUGUUAAUCUCAGUGAAAACUGAAUUAUUGGUUAUUGCCCAAAUUUUUUUACGCUGUUAUGUUUUUUUCUAAUUUUUUUUUCAAAUGAACUUCGAAAGCCAAAGCUUAUUUUUACACAUUAACUAAUUUGAUCAUUUUGGACUUUUUACCAAAUUGAUCAUGAUUAUGCAAUUCUCAUUAGUCAUUAAACGCUACUCAUAAUUUAUUUUUAACUAAACUUAGUGAGACUUUUUAGUUUAUAAUUAUUUUAGUAAUAGCUGGUACGAGAAUGCUAAUAUAGUGCCACAAAAUUUAUGUGAUAAAUAUAUUUUUAUCGAUUCUACCUUUGAAUAGCUUCUAAAUAUUAUACAUAUUUUAAUAAAGCUCUAGACUUACGCCAACUGGCUGCAUGCAUAUUCCAUGAAAUAGAAUAAAAUGAUUGAUCAAGUUUAAUACUUAAUAAUAUUCACAUUUAUUGUAUCUACUCAACAGUAUGUUUAAAUAGUAUAAUAAUAAUACAUAUUAUAAUCAUAUCUUUAACGUUCCAUCUUUUUAUAUGUAUGUACUUGUUUUUUUACUAUAUUAUUUUUAUACUGUACUGAUUGUAUUUGUAGUUAAUACCUACCUACCAAGAAAAAUAUAUAAUUAUUGUAAAAUUUAAAAUAUGUUUUGUAUUGGUGUCUAAUAAAAAACGUAGAUCGCAAUUGUAGCAUAUACUCAAAUAAUUCCGGUUCUUGGUGUCUUCAGCUAUAGAUAGCCUAUAGACAAAAUAGUUUUGAAAACAUAUUAUUUAUAAGUAGAUGAAUAAAAAAUGAUGAAUUUAUGUCAUUAAAUGAAUGUGUCUUAUGUA